UUCUUUAAGGUGGGGAAAGAGACACACAGGAGACAGGAAGCUGAUCUGCAAGAUUUCCGAGUUGUGCUAAAAGGACUUUGAUUUUUUUUUUUUUUUUUCCUUUACAAACGCUGGCAAUUGACAUCACUACGGACAGCCGGGUAGAGAACAAACUGCCUCAUCCCAAGUGGACCCCAGGCGAGAGCUGGGGAGGCUGUGUGGGGUUUUUCCUACAGAUCCCCCACCUCCCUCUUUUUUUGGUGUGUUUCUUUUUAAAAUUCUUGCUGUGUUGGAACUAGUGAGUGGUGGAAGACUCUCCGAAGCCUCAUCAGUCAUCGGGACUGUCAGGAAUAGUGGUUCCAGAGGAAGCUCGGCCUGGGGCACAUACCCUGUCAUCCAGUUCCCUGCCUCGGAGAUAGAGAUUCCAGCUACAUGGGCAAACGCCUGGAUCAGCCACAAAUGUACCCCCAGUACACUUACUACUAUCCUCAUUAUCUCCAAACCAAGCAGUCCUAUGCACCAGCUCCCCACCCCAUGGCUCCUCCCAGCCCCAGCACAAACAGCAGCAACAACCACAGCAGCAGCAACAGCAGCGGGGAACAGUUGAGUAAAACCAACCUGUACAUUCGAGGCCUCCCGCCAGGCACCACUGACCAGGACCUAAUCAAGCUGUGCCAACCGUAUGGAAAAAUCGUAUCCACAAAGGCAAUCCUUGACAAAAACACAAAUCAAUGCAAAGGGUAUGGUUUUGUAGAUUUUGACAGUCCGGCAGCUGCACAGAAAGCGGUAGCAUCUCUCAAGGCAAAUGGCGUGCAGGCACAAAUGGCCAAGCAACAAGAGCAAGACCCAACAAACCUAUAUAUCUCAAAUCUUCCCAUUUCUAUGGAUGAACAGGAGCUUGAGACUAUGUUGAAACCAUUUGGACAUGUCAUUUCCACAAGGAUACUAAGAGAUGCUAAUGGAGUCAGCAGAGGCGUUGGCUUUGCCAGAAUGGAGUCUACUGAAAAAUGUGAAGUGGUAAUUCAACAUUUUAAUGGAAAAUAUCUGAAAACACCACCAGGCAUCCCAGCCCCUAGUGAGCCUUUACUGUGCAAAUUCGCUGAUGGAGGACAAAAGAAGCGACAGAAUCAAAGUAAAUACACCCAGAAUGGAAGGCCUUGGCCCAGGGAAGGAGAGGCUGGCAUGGCUCUGACCUAUGACCCCACAGCUGCCAUACAGAAUGGAUUUUAUUCUUCACCGUACAGUAUUGCAACCAACCGCAUGAUUCCACAGACACCCAUCACGCCAUUCAUUGCUGCUUCCCCUGUCUCCACAUACCAGGUCCAGAGUACUUCAUGGAUGCCUCAUCCGCCAUACGUUAUGCAACCAACAGGUGCUGUGAUUACGCCAACAAUGGACCAUCCUAUGUCAAUGCAGCCAGCAAACAUGAUGGGCCCCCUGACACAACAGAUGAAUCACCUUUCGUUGGGCACAACAGGAACGAUUCAGUCCCAAGACAGGAUUAUGAUACUCCACCAGCUGUUGUGUCAGUAUAUGACUGCCGCCGCUCCUAUGCAAGGGACCUACAUUCCCCAGUACACGCCUGUGCCUCCGACAGCUGUUUCCAUUGAAGGUGUUGUUGCUGAUACCUCUCCCCAGACAGUGGCACCUUCAUCCCAGGACACAAGUGGUCAGCAGCAGCAGAUAGCAGUGGACACAUCCAACGAGCAUGCAUCUGCAUAUUCUUACCAACAGUCUAAACCAUAAACAAGACCGAACGAAGAAUGUCCGUCUGAAACUCUGCCUUGAAUGAAGAAACUUCAUUGAACAAGAAGUUGGCUUCCAGUUUUGCACAGGCGUCAAUGGAAUGCUUUUUUUUUUUUUUUUUAAUUUUCUACUUUACCCAAUGAAAACAACAUGUUUUUUUGUGCUGUGCAAGUGGUUCCUUCAUGUGGUCUGACAGUUAAUUUUUGCCAUCAUUCUUUUUAAGGAAAAAAAAUAUCCCAGAAGAGGACAACAAGAAGCAAACAAAGCAAAACAUGGAAGGUUGACGUUUAUCUGGAAGAACAUUUGAAUUCAGAAUUUAUCUGAAGGUGUAGAUAGAUUUUUUUUUUUAAACGGAAAAUCUGAUGUCAAGAGGUGGGCAAGCAGAAAUGGAAACAAAUUGUCUUCCUCAGUCAUUAAGCUACUCUUUCUUUUUCCCUUCUUGUUUAAAUCUAGUGGGUUGGUUUUUUUAUUUUUUAUUUUUUCUUAGAAAUAUUUAGGUAAGGUUUAUCUUGAAUCUUAAUUGCCUUAAUUUUAAGGACGUCAAAGGCUCUCGAGGCAAGCUCUCAACGUCUUGUUUAAAAAAAGAAAGAAUUGAAAUAUUGUGCCAGCUCUCACUGGUACAGAAGUUUAAGACUAUGAGUUUUUAGGGUGAAAAAAAAACUGUACAGUUUAAAAGAAAAUGUUUUUCUUCAUUUGAAGAAAAUUUGUUGAUAAAAGAAACCAUGGCAACUGCAAGAAUUGGGAAAAUGCUGGGACUUCUCAUGAACUUUGUCUUAAGUGUUGAAUCAUUCUAGGAGGCUAAAACAUUUUACAGUAAAGUUAUUAACGUUGGUUUCAAAACAACUGCAUUAGAAAUAAUGCGUGUUUGGGGGGCAGAAUGCAGAUUUUUUUUAUUUCUGAAGCGUGAUGGCUAGCAAAAGCUUUAGUGCUUUUUAUCUGCAGUCUUUUUUAUGAGCUUUACAAACUUUUUAGUCAGCUUUGCUUGUCACAUUGCAAAACCUAGCUUAAGAGCAUUUAAAAAAAAAAAAGUAGAUAGGAGCUUAUGGUCAAAAAGUGAAAAAAAAAAAAAACCACAAAAAAACAAAAAAAGCAAUAGAUAGAGAAAUUGUUGACAAUUUCUGUAGUCUUUCCUAGUUGUGAUCAAAUUCAGCCGAUGGAUGGCCUAUUUUAUACCAAAGAUGAAGUGGCACCCUAUUGCAGUCCAGAAGAUAGAGGUUGUUUUUCUUUUCUUCUCUUUUCUUUUUUAAAAUUUUAUUUGACCUACAUGGCCGGACCAGUUCUUACUUUGUUGUUUGUUUAAACUACCUUCCACUGGUGUUUUACAUACUGCAAAAAAAAAAAAAAAGUUGUUUUUAUUUUAAAUGUAUUUUUGUUGAUAGUAGAAGCUUGUUCCUGUGUGGUCAGCAAUUUCAGCACCAAGAGUUCUGGAUUCCAACCAAUACAGCCAAAUGGCUUUAAAUUCCAUGUGCUUUUCUGGUUCCUUCCUAGCUCUCUUGAAUUGUGAAGCCUGUAUUGAUGGCCACCAAUGAGCUAAAACACUUGUUUAACAGGUUGAAACUUCUUUAUAUGAAUUUUGAACUCAAGAUACUCCCUGAACUGGUCUGAAAGAUCACUUGUCAAAAAAGCUCAGUGAUGCUCUGUUGAGUGGUGAGUGGUCUCCUGAAAAGGUCUCACUGUACUUGUAACAAUAGUCUUCCUUCUAAAUACCCGCACUUCUAGAUUUUGUCUUCUCGCCUCAGUCUUUGUCAUCAUCUACCGUGAAUAGCCACCUUGACUCCGCAAUUGGGGAGGGGAUAUCUUUUUUUUUGUUUUAUCUUUUUUGCCUCUUUUCAUUGUAUUUUCAUAUCCUGGUGGUGUCAGAAGAAAGAGAAAACAGACUUUUUAAUUUCAGUGUAGCUCUCUGAGGCAAAUAGGACCAAUAAGAUUGAGGAUUCUAUUAGUGGAAUUUAGGUAAGCUUUUAAUGCUAGUUGACAAUCAAGAAAUUGUAUGAUUUAUAUGAAUAAGAACCCAAAUAAUUAGAUUUGAUCAAUUAUUAAAGCCAAAGGCGAUAUAUUUGCAUUGAGAAUGAUGCAAAACAUUGUCUAAGAUGAAUUAAAUUGACUUAACCAAACAUCUCUGCAUAUUUGAGUCAUGAAAUCCAUGUUCAGCCUAUACAGUUUUACCUGAAAUGAAGGACAGUGGAACUUUGUCAAUUGAACCAUGUGCUGGAAUGGCUUUCUAAUGUAUCAUUAGAAUCAAUAGGUGAAAUUCUUCUCACAAAGUCACAGGAACCUGUCUUAGUCCAGAAGGAAGAGGGUAAUGCAUACAGUGCACUGUAAAAGAAAACAGGGUAGGUGUUUAAAAACUGAAAUAUUAAAAAGUAAAGCAUAUUCCCAUUAGGUCAACAUGAGUAAUGAGUUUGACUCAUAAAAAAAUAAUCAAUAUUCUACUAUUUAUGACCUGUAAACAAAGGCCUACUGUUGAAAUAAAUCCAAUUCUCUUAUUUGAAAAACCCCAUGAAUUGAAAGCUUAUUAUCUAGAGAGUGAUUCCAUAUCUUUGUGGUCCAAUUAGAGGCAAAAAUAUAGCUAAGGCAAUGUAGCAUGUGCUACGAAAAAGUUUCAACUGGUCACAGCCAUCCUUAUGGUUUUCCAUACUUUAGAGAGAAUCCUAAAUUUAUACUUUCUUCUGUUCCAUUUUUCAGCUUUCUUCUGUUCCAUUUUUCAGCUUCUCAUGUAUUUUAAGGGUGGCACUUAAGUUUUCUCUUUGAGAAAUGGGCCCCCAAGUUACUGGGGGAUGAACAAACCUGUAUAGGAACUGUGCUUUUUGUUUCUCUUUUUCAGUCUCUGAACUCUUUGUAUAAAUAAGGAUUAUCCUGGGCAUAAUUCAUUUGAAUAUGAAAUCAACAUGCUUUCUUUUUCUUCUGUUAAAAAAAGAAAACAAAACAAAACAAUGUGAUACAAAGAAAGUCUCAUUUACACAAUCAACAAUGAGACUAAGAGGUAGCUACCAUGUGGCUGAUGAGUGUGCCUAGGUAACUUCCUGUUUCUAUUCAAAACUACUGCUUUAUUUAUACAUUCAGCAACAUUUUUUUCAACUAUAAAAUUUCAAUAAUCUCAAUUUUUUUAAACCACUUCAGGCAAAUUUUAUCAUUUUGCCUGUGUCAUUUUAUGUGUGCUUUGUGUUUGGAUUUUUUUAUAUUAGGCCAUUCUAUAAAAUAUUUUAAAUCUAAAAGGAAAAAAAAAGAAGGAAAAAGUGGCAAAGUGGCACAUGUUCAAAUUUACACAUCAUCUCACCUAAAAAUUGUUUUUAAGAAUCAAGUCUGGGGAAAAAAUAAAAGCAUCAACAGGUAAGCAUUGUAUGAAAAGUAAAACAAACUUUACUUUUCAUAUUUUACAUUGUAUGAAAAGUAAAACAAACCAAAACGUGUGUUCAGUACAUACAGACAUCAGAGUCCUAAUUUAAUCAGCAAUAUAGAUUAUGGUGACUUUAACCCAAUUUAGGACUACAAUCAUUUUUCGUUUCACAAUACUUCAAGCAUUUAUUCAGAUGUUUCCAUUUUUCCUUUCAAUUGUAAUUGCCAAGACUUAGCCUAAAUGUCAGGAAACAAACUAAAACCACAGUCCAAAUGGGAUAAAAAUCAUCUCCUCCAAACUCUAGUUCCAUGGUCAGUAGAGGAGUAGGUAUUCUUAAUAACGAGGAGGUAUUGUCAGGAAGGAAGUCUGUAUAGUGACGGGGAGCUCCUCAGAGCAUGGCCAUGUCUUCUGAAGACAUCACGGAACCUAGGUGAACUAAAGGUAAUACUUGCAGGGUGGGCGCCUGUUUGUCCUUCAACACGGGCAUGUCUUGAAUAUUGCAAGUCACAUGCUAUUCUAAAAAUAAUCUACCUGACUGCAGUUUGGUCAGGGUUAGUUUGUUUCCUUGGUAGAUUUCAAUCAUUCAGAUGUUGUUGCCAUGCUUCACUUGAAUCAAUUCUCCUGUGACCUUAACAUCUGCCACAUUUGAUAGCAUAUGAGACUCACUUCCAUCCCUACUAAUGAAAAACUACAUGGUGUUAAAAGCGUCUGUAUCAGAGAUGGAAAGCCCAGGGCAGGAGAAGGCUAGGUGGAGCAGGAGGUUUGCUGUACCUACAGAGUCCCUCAACCCCUUGCAAAACUGUUUUAUAAUCAUUUUCAAUCCAUGUAUGAGAAAAUAAAAGUACUAAAAGUACUUAGUUUUUCUAACUUUGAAUAAUUGGGGUGUCUAUUAUAUAUAUAUAUAUAUAUAUAUACACACACACACACACACACACACAUAUACACACACACACACGCCCACCUAUGAGUCUUUCACAGUGGCCUAAAAUUCCAAUUAAUGAAAGUUGAGAUGUGAUUACGACCUUUGCAGUCUUCUUUAAGUUUGAGGAAACGUUUCAAUGGACUGUCUAGACAGAUGAUAAUCUUAGUAGGAGACUGAAAAUACAUUUGACAAUUCAGUCUCAUACUUAAUCUGAGUGCAGGAACCACUGCAAGAUGAGCUGAUCAGCCGAGAGAAAUUUUUAAGUGGGUUUCAGUGAUAAAUGUUUUUAUAUGAUAUAAAACCAAAUGAAAGUAUAAUAUUUAUGUAGGUAUAUAACAACAUUCAGCACAUUGGAAGAAUCACACUUCAUAAUCAAGUUUAAACGUGUCAUAGAGCCUUGAUCUAUAUUCUCUUGUCCACAGUAGGGAGUAAGGAUGAGAUUUUGUUUUUCAUGUUAUUGUGACCGGCAUGCUUCAAACUUCUGAGCUUGCUGGGACUGACCUCCCCUCAUUCCAAUUUGAGGGACCGACGGGCUUGAAACAGGCUCGUUGAUUCUGUGUAUGAUACCCCUUCUGUGACAGAGUAAUAAUGGGAUUUCAUUAGUGAAUCAAUUUGUUUUGCAAAUGGCACCUACUGUGGCAUUGGAAGACAGCUGAGUCUGACUCACGUUGAACAUUUCUUACAAAAUAUUCUGAAAUUUGAAAUUGGUCCCUUAAUCCAAGUGCUCUUGUUCAUGGCUCUCCUCUGUGGAGAACAUAAGAGUUCAGGAAAGUACAAAAGCUAAGAACAAAAUCCGUGAGUGCCCCCAAAUGAUCUAUGUUGAUAUAAGGCAGGGUAGCUCAGCCCAGAUUGGUGAUUUCUUUUAUCUCUGGUUUUAUACCUCAUUACCUAUGCUGUCACAUAAAAAAGGAUGGGUGGCUUCUCCAUAUUUAUUUCUUUAUAUUUCUGGGAGGGAAAAUAAACUUUUUAGAAAAGCAUCUUCUACACAGAAGCUCUAAAGUUGAAGCAGGGGUGAGAUCGAUCUUGGAGUCUGCAGGAAGAACCACUAGGCCACUGGGUCAUGCUUUUCUUCCACUGUAUUCCCUCCAGUUAGUGACUGCCCUGAAGCCCCAGUCCUGCAGAAAUACAAUACUCCCAAAUUUUGAAGGGCUAAUCAUCUACUUUGUGCACCUGUUUUGUCUUCUCUUUUCAACUAUUAGGACUUGGGCUCUAUUUCCUCCUAUUAGCAUUGCACCCUGAGGAUGGAAAAAGAAACAUUUGGAAAUAAUAUUCAAAUCUGUCUAUUUUGUUCCUUAGGUAUUCAUUUAUUGAAGCAGGUUGAAAUCAUUGGUAAAAUUAAUGUCAGUGCAUUAUAUUCUGUGGGAUUUUAAUAUCCAUAAUGUCCCUUUCCCAUCCACCACAAACAGUUGAGAGUUGGCUGUAUUCUUGCAGAAUAUAAAGGAAAAAACUGUAGCAAAGAAUUUGGCUUCCCUCAAAAGAAAGGUAUUUUGGAUUUGUUCACUAUUGAAAUUUGAACCAGUAGAACAGGUCAACUCAAAAUUGAGUUAUGGGAAUAUAGUAACAGCCCUUGGCUAAAUAUGCACUCUUAUCCCUAUCUUAAAUCUUGGACCAAAAAAUUGCAUUGUUUAUUUUUUGACUUUGCAUUACUGUAUUAAGGCUUUAAUGACCUUGACACUCCGGUGGAUUUUUUUUUUUUUAAUAAUUAUUUCAAGUUUAAAUAGUAUCCAAAGUGUAAUUUUAGGAUUAUACCAUAUAUUUUAAACUCUCUGGUCUUACAUUAUUAAGAAAGAUGCUCUGUCCUCCUCCCCAAAAUAUGUUAUUUCCUCAUAUAUAAAAAAGGAGUUAUUCCAUAGUUUUCAAGAACUAUAAAAACUAUUUCAAAAGAGACACUUGAAAAAGUUUUCACCAUUCUGGGAAUUAUUGCUUCCAUUUAUUUAAAAAGAAGAAUGUAAUUGGAAUCUUAAUUUUAAAAAUAUAUAUGUAAAAGUGUACUUGCUAUGAAAUAGUUUCUAAAAAAGAAAAAGGGACACAGCUUCUUUUAAAACCCUUGUUUCAGGUCAUAUAUGACUUCAUACAAUUUCCAAAACAUCAUUCAAUUUUGAAUUUUAUUUAAGAGCAUUUUGUACUGCUGUCUCUGUCAUGGAAAAUUCUGUAAUUCUACAGUGUUUCUGGCUUUAUUUUUAAUUUUUUCAUCUGUACCACAGUCAAAUUAGCUACCAUUUUCCCCAUUCCUUGGGCUUUCUGUAGAUCAGUGGAUGUUAGGUUUAAACUUCUGUUUUCUUUGAUGAAGCUUUCAAUAAAAAAUGAAAAUAAAAUCAA